AUGACAAGAACAGUCGUAAUCCUCGGGGCCAGUUACACUGGUAUCCCCAUCGCCCAUUACCUCCUCAAACACACCGCGACCAAGACGAAAGACCUUAAGGUCAUACUGGUUGCUCCCAACACACACAUGUACUGGAAUGUCGCUUCGGUUCGCGGCAUACUUCCUGAUAUGAUGGGCGACGAUAAACUUUUUUACCCCAUCGCCCCGUCAUUCGCCAAGUACCCAUCAAACCAGUACGAGUUGGUGAGAGGCGUGGCCGAGAGAGUGGAUCCAGACAGGAACACCGUCGAAGUGCGCGGGAACGAUGGCUCUGCUCGGACGAUCCAAUAUGACGAGCUGGGCAACAGAGUCAUCGCCACCGGCAGCAGCUCCAAGAACGGCAUGCCCUUCAAGAAUCUCUCGACCACCGAAGCGACCAAAGAAGCCCUGCACAGCUGGGCGCAGCGCAUCGCCUCCGCCAAGUCCAUCGUCGUGGCCGGCGCCGGCGCCACAGGCAUUGAAAUCGCGGGCGAGCUCGGCCAAGAAUACGCCGUCACGGGCAAGAAGCAGAUCACCCUCAUCAGCGACCAAGACCUACCCUUGACUUCCAAAUUCCGCCGCGACGUGCGCGAGACCGCCAAGAAAGAACUCGAACGCCUCAAAGUCAAAGUCAUCACCAACGCCAAAGUCACCUCCCCCACCACCACCACCACCACUGCCACCCCCACCCCCAACACAACCAUAACCCUCACCCAAACCACCCCCUCCCCCAAAUCCCCUUCCCCCCCCACCACCCUCCAAGCAGACCUCAUCAUCCCCACCUACGGCCUCACCCCCAACACCUCCUUCCUCCCCACCUCCCUGCUCGACGCCCGCGGCUACGUGCGCCAGACGACUCGCCUGCGCGCCGAAGGGCACGACAACAUCUUUGUGGUGGGCGACGCGGGAAACCUGCAGGACCCGCAGGGGGUGCAUGCCGAUGCGCAGACGGUGCAUGUGGUGAGGCUGUUGGAGGCGCGGGUUUUGGGGGGUCGGGGUCGGGGUGGGGGUGUGGAAAAGGAGGAGGAGUAUACGCCGGUGGGUAAGAUUACUUUCGCGGCUACGCUGGGGAGGAAUCGCGGGACGGGGCAGGUCGGCAAUUGGAGGGUGUGGAGCCUGUUGGUGUGGUUUUUGAAGGGGAGGUAUUUGGGGACGAAUGUUGCGGCGGAGUUUGUGAGGGGCGAGAAGACGCUGGGUGGGAAGGCGUGGUGA